AUGGUUCUCUACCAUUGUGAAGAAACAAAUCUUGUUUUGGUUCGUAAAGGUAUUGUGUUAGGGCAUAAGAUAUCUCAUCCAGGGAUUGAAGUUGACAAAGCAAGAAUUGAGGUAAUAGAAAAUUUGCCGCCUCCGACCAGUGUCAAGGGUAUUAGAAGUUUUCUAGGCCAUGAUGGAUUUUAUAGAAGAUUCAUUAAGUAUUUCUCAAAGAUAUGUAAACCUUUGUGUGCCUUGCUGGAGCAAAAUAGACCUUUCAAUUUUGAUGAACCUUGUUUCAUUGCUUUUGAGAAAUUGAAGAAAAGAUUGGUAGUGGCACCGAUUGUAAUAGUUUCAGAAUGGACAUUGCCCUUUGAACUCAUGUGUGACGCCAGCGAUUAUGCUGUGGGAGUAGAGUGGGGACAGUAA